AUGAACAAGCUGCAGAGACUACUUCAGAGCAAGAUCCUGAUCCUGACAAUAUGUACUGCUGGGAUUGGAGGCACUUUCCAAUAUGGUUACAACCUCUCCAUCAUCAAUGCUCCAGCUUCGUACAUCCAGAUGCUCAUGAACAAAACCUGGCUGAGGUGCAGGGGUGUUCCCCUGGAGAGAAACGUGCUGCUGCUGUGGUCUUUCACUGUCUCUGCAUAUCCCCUGGGAGGACUCAUUGGGGCUGUUACUGCUGGUCAGAUGGCCAUCAUGUUGGGAAGGAAGAUGUCCCUGCUGCUGAACAACGUCUUUGUGAUCACAGCCGCAGUCUUGUCAGGAUUCAGCUGAAUGGCAAAAUCCUUUGAAAUGAUUAUGCUCAGCAGAUUUUUUAUGGGUGUGAAUGCAGGUGUCAGCAUGAACAUUCAGCACAUGUAUCUGGCAGAAAGUGCCCCAAAGCAGCUCAGAGGAGCUGUGGCCUUGACCUCUGCAUCGUUUACAGCCCUGGGGUUGGUGCUGGGGCAGGUUGUUGGACUCAGGGAGCUGCUAGGAGGGGAGGAGAGCUGGCCAUUCCUUUUAGCUAGUAACGUGGUGCCUGCCCUGAUCCAGCUCACGGCUCUCCCUUGGCUCCCUGAAAGUCCCAGAUAUCUCUUGAUUGACCGUGGAGAUAAAGAAUCCUGCAUCUCUGUAUGGAUAGUGGAAGAGCUUAGGCUGCAGAACAUGAUUAUAGACUAUGCUGGUCAGAGGCCACUGCUCCUGGGGGAAUAUAUCUUCAUGGCAGGAUGGGCCAUUAUCUUCAUGGUUGCUCUGAGCCAGCAGAUUCAGAUUAGCUGGAUGCCUUAUCUCAGCAUGGCCUGCAUUUUCGACUAUAUCCUGAGCUUUGGAACUAGACCAGCUGGUGUAACAGGAGUUUUGCCCAUAGAGGUGUUUGAUCGAAUGUCCUGGCCAGCUGCUUACAUGACCUGUGGCUCUCCGCUCUGGUUCAACCUAUUUCUGGUUGGAACAGCCUUUCCAUUCUUUGUGAAAAGUCUAGCACAUUUCUGCUACGCCCCACUCCUUGUGGUCUGCAUCUGCAUUGCACUCUACGUUGAGUUUUUCCUUCCUGAGACAAAGGGAAAAUCCUUCCUGGAAAUCUUGGAGGAGUUCAAGAAAUGGAACUUCAAAGCUCAGACCCAUGAAGGUUUUUACAAAGGCCCUGAAGAGAUCAAAUCCACUGUGUUGUAG